AUGCAGAACCUCUCAGAGAAUUUACUCAAAGCAGUAAGAAAAGCAGCUGAAACUGCUGAACUGGAAUUGAAGCUCUACCAAGUAUUCACUAUGAAGAGCUUUAUCAACACAAUUACCAUCAUUAAUAAGAAUAGAGAAAACCAGAUCUUAAGUCUGCAGCAGAAGAUUGAAUAUUUACACAGACAGAUGACUACAUCAAACCUGGAGAUUUCAUCACAAUUGUUCACAAUCUCUUCAGAAGUGUACACAUCAUUGAAGACUGCUGUGCAGAAUGAGAAUCUGAGCAUGAAAUAUAUCAAGUCAGAAGAUCUGCUGAAGUUAUCAAGCUUUAAUAGCAACUGA